AUGAAGUUCUACAUUUGUGUAAUUACUCUGCUCAGUGCUAUGUUCGUGCCUUCACAGGCAACAUUCGAUUUAAUCGCUAGUGUACCUUCGGCAGGAGGAUAUGGUGCAGGUUAUGGAGGCGGUUAUGGCUAUGGAGGUGGUUACGGCUAUGGUACUGGUGGUUAUGGUGCCAACUAUGGCAGUGGUUAUUAUGGCGGUUAUGGUCCCAGCUAUGGCAGUAAUGUUAAAGUUGUUAAGGUAACUGUAGUUCCAAGCGUUGCGGGUGGUUCCUAUGGAGCCGGUACAUAUGGUGCUGGAGCUUAUGGAACGUUUGGUAAUGGUUAUGCCGCUGCUGUGACUCCUGUAGCCGCUGUUACCACACCUGUUGUUACCGCCGUUACAACGCCCGUUGUCACCUCAACUGUUGGCGCUGGUUAUGGAACUGGAUCAUUCGGUACUGGAUCUUAUGGUUAUGGCAGCAAUAUUCUUCCUGCAUACGGUGGUUACGCAGCUGGCUAUGGUAAUAGUUUUGGAUCAGGUUAUGGAGGAGCUGUUGACUGUUUUUAA